CAAUUUGGCAAUUUACUCUCCUGCUCCAAUAACCUCAACCUGGAUCCUUGCAACAAAUUCGGGUCCAACACACAGUCCGACGGAAGAUCGUCCUUUACCUUCACGCCAAGUUCCAUUUCACAAAACGAUAUCACUCAACAAUGGCGGCAAUAGCCGAAUCAUCGGAAGCAAAUGUAAACUCACCGUCGCCGUCGUUACCACCAGAAAGAGUUAAUCACGAAGACAAGUCAAAUACCUGGGGAGAGGCUGUCCCAUGGAUCGACAAUGCACUGCAACAGGCGCAGCUUGCCCGGAAGACCGCAGAAGACACCUUCGAGAAUGCAAUUGUGGUGACCAAAUCUCGUCUCAAUCGGAUUUUAACUACUUCUUCUGCGCACUUCAAUCAAACACUUGAUACCUUGCAAGAUUUGAAGUCUGAAUAUAGUGUAUAUGAGGACUUGGCUUUUGGGAAGAUCAAAGAGGGUCUUCUUCUUGCUGCUUCACACCCCCUAGCAACUACUGGAGCUGUUCUUGGUGUUGGAGUCUUGGUUCUGAAACGGCCAAGGCGUUUUUUGUACUACAGUGCUAUGCGGCUUUUUGUGCGUGAAGAGGCCUUGCUUUCUAGGGCAGAUGCAAAAGUCAAAGAAUUACAGAAGUCAAUUGACCUUCUGAAGGCUGAAAGUGCGAAAUUGGAGAAUCAGGCAAUACAAGCUGAAGGAGAGAUGAUACGGGGAAGGACAAAACUCAGGCAGGCAGGCAAACAAAUCCGUAGUGUCAUACAGUCAGCACAUAAGAUAGAAAGGCAAGCUACAGGUCUUCAAGAUGUUCUUAAAGAGUUUCCCCGAAGAGAAGUUUCACUCUUCCGGUCACAAGUUUCCAACCUUGCUUCAGAGGCAAAAAAGGAAAGGAAUGUUCUCACCAAGGAAGUUACAAAGAUAAGCAAUUAUGGCAUAUCCAUCUGACUGAACUGCACUCUUGUUUUAUAUGAUCCAACACAUGGUGGACGUCAGGCGCCAAAUUCUGUUUCUCUGUCUCCUUUCACUUUACUUCCUUUUCCUUUUCAUUUACGAAAGAGCAUUCAGGAAGCUCUGGUUCUGGUCAUUUUAUAGUUCAAGUUAUCAACUCUGACUUCACUGCACAGCCUUGAGAGUCGGGGAUUCUGCUUGUUUUUUCUUUCAGUUCUGAAUAAGUGAUGGUUUGAGUGUUGAAGUUUUGAGGCAUGGGUUUUUUACUGACUAGAGAUCAGUGUUGCUUGAAUCUAACCCCUGCUUUGUACAACUUCAGACCCUAAUUUACAAGCAAAAAAAGAAAAACUUUUGUGACGACUAUCAUAUUCCUGCUGUGUGCCAUUAAAUUCUAGCAGUGGCCAAUUUGAACUACUAGUUAUGCUGUUUGUACUGCAACCUGGUGGGCAAAUUCAAAGUUAAUACAGAAGUAACAUUGCAGUGUU